CAAAGAAACACAUAACUAUGAGCGAAACUUCUACUUUAUUGCAGACUCCGAUCCAGAAUUCCCAAUCCAGCCCAGUUCCGCAGGGUGAAAAGCCGAAGAAGACGUCGAGCCGCAAGAAGAAUCGAACCAGUACCCCAAGCACUACUCCUGUCCCGGAGGACGACUCGUCAAAGCCAACGCCAAAAGACUUUGGGCUUUUAGAAAUCCUCAAAUUGAUAAAAAUAUUCAAACCUUUGACCAUCGAUGGUGUACCAUUGGAUACGAUCAAGACUCUGCUUGUCCAACACGUCACGAGUUUGCGUGCAGAUCCACUGCUCACAACCAUCACACUCACGUUUCUCAUGAAGCCGUCUGAUCCGGAGUUUCUCUUUGACAUGGACGCAUUGCAUUUCCGCUUGAGUGUGCCCCAGUUUUACCAGGCCAGGCGUCGUAACGUGGACCUUAAGUUGAAGAAACCGCGAAUAAAUGUGUUAAACGAAGACGUGCCACGUGGGUACGCGAUCAACGUGGAGAGAGGAUUCUCAACUAUCGCCGAAUUGGCCCUCAGAUCCAAAAACCAGACAGAAGACGCUCCGGUGGAGCUUGUGGCAGGGAAGGGCUUAGUGUCGAUGGUCAAAACCUUGGAUAAGUACUUGGAGUCGUUUUUGAGCGAGGAGAAAGCUGAAACAAUCAAGAUCGUCAAGUUCAAGAGGCUGGAAACAAGUCCGCCUGCAGAGAUUGUUUUCGGAAAGGAGAAGAAAAAGACCAAGAAGGCUGUUACUGCAAAGAUCAUGAAAAUGGACGUUCCGCUGGAGGUGGCAUCGCUGAGACAGCACCUGAUUGACCAAUUUCUCACACGGUUGGUCAGCGAUAAGUCAAUCCGUUUAUUCAAGGAGACAGAGUUUGAGUCUGUGUAUCUUAUUCGCAUUCCCAAAGUGAGCAUCCCCCAUCCGGAUGUCUUGGCUGCACGGGAUAGUAAUGUUCCAAGCAAGCCGUAUCCGCCGUAUGCGUGGAAAGAUGGUGUGUUAAUGAGGUUGCGAGUUCCGUAUAACUACGGCAUUGAAGGCUUGAGUAUUGAAUUCGAUCGCUCUGCUACGUCUAAGCUCUCUAGACUGUCCACCACGUCCACUGCGGGCAUGUCAGCAAAGGAGAUCAACUCAGCCACCGCCAAGUCCAUCCAAGAGAAAGAUGCCUUGCUACAGGCAACCAAGAACUGCCACACAAACUUCACUAAGUAUGCUUCCAGUGCCAAACACCGCUCCAUCACUGAGCAGGUAAAUAAUUUGAUACUGAACUUGGGGUGGUACUGCAGCGAUUCUGUGCGCUAUGACGAGUGGGUUACCCUUAGACAGGAAAUGGCGAAAUAGAAAAUAUUGUCUAUCAAAGCUAUAUUUUUUUUAC